AAGAGAUGAACAAAUCGCGAGCUAAAAGAUGGUCUCAAUAUUUGGCAGCGAUUACAGCCACCUUAUCAUUGGCAUCGGCGGGCUCUCACAUUGGUUGGACAUCACCAACAUUACCAACAUUAAAAUCUCCGGAAUCUCACGUAGAAAUCACGUCGGAUGAUGCUUCUUGGAUAGCUUCCUUCUACUUGUUAGGGUCUAUACCGGGUAAUAUUAUAGCUGCAUUUAUAGUGGAUUGGUUAGGACGGAAAAGUAGUUUAUUGAUAGCUGCUUUACCUCUGACCAUUGGAUGGAUCUUGAUUAUUAUUGCUUGGAAUCCUUACGUUUUGUAUGCCUCUCGUUUCAUCAGUGGAAUUGGUCAAGGUAUUGUUUACGUUGUCUGUCCAAUGUAUAUCGGUGAAAUCGCGGAUAAAGAGAUCAGAGGAUCUUUAGGAUCGUUUAUAAAAUUAAUGGUAACAUUUGGUGAGCUUUACGCUCAUGUGAUUGGCCCAUUUGUAUCUUACGAGAUGCUAUCCUACGCUUGUAUUCUCAUAUCAAUCACAUUUUUUAUAUCAUUCGUAUGGAUGCCCGAGUCACCUUAUUAUUUAGUAAUGAAGAACCAACAAAAGAAAGCUAUGAAAAGUCUGAAACAACUCAAACGAAAUUCGACGGAGGAAGAGUUGGAUGAGGACAUGGACCAAAUGCAAAAGACAGUUAUACGAGAUCUCAGCGAUAAAGUUCACUCUUGGAAUUUUUUCAAUACUCGUGGAAAUAGGCGAGCCAUUUUGGUCAGUUUUGGUCUUCAAUUGAUCCUACAAUUCAGUGGUAUUGCCGCAAUAGAAUCUUAUACUCAGGAAAUUCUUCAAGAAGCUGAUAAUGGUCUUUCUGCCGGGGUUGCUGUCAUCGUCUUGAGUUUACUGCAAUUGGUCGCAGGGUUAGGUGCAGCUCUUCUAGUUGAUCAAGUUGGCAGAAGGCCCUUACUUCUAAUUACCACUUUACUUGCUGGUGUCUCAUUAACGAUCGCUGCUGUUUUCUAUUUUUUCAAAUUUUAUUUAUUAAUCGACAUCACCGGAUACGGAUGGGUACUUCACGCUUCCGUUAUGUUCUACGAAUUGAUAAUCGCGUUGGGAUUGAGUCCACUGCCCUACAUGAUGUUGGGCGAAUUAUUUCCAACCAAUGUGAAAGGUAAAACUGUCUCUUUGGUGAACCUUUGGGCUUCACUUUUGGCAUUCAUCGUGUCGAAGCUUUAUCAAGUUAUAUCCGAUGCCGUUGGAAUUUAUAGCGCAUUUGGAUGGUUCGCUGUAAGUAGUUUUAUUGGUAUCAUUUUCAUAAUGUUACUCGUACCGGAAACAAAAGGAAAAUCUUUGUUUGAAAUACAGGAGGAACUUAAUUGCAAUAAGAAUAAAAUUAAUGCUAAAAAAAAGAAACAA